AUGGCAUCGGAGGAAGCGGUUGAGUCGGCAAAGGGGUUUUGCGGGCCGGCGAUGUAUGCCGCCAGCGCCAUGCAUGCGCGCAUCACCCUCGCCGACGCCCCACCCAGCGCUGAUGGGCUUCGGCUCCUAGCCUCGAAUGGGAACUGGUCGGAGGUACUGGCGCUGGCUGAGCGGCUCGAAAGAGAGGUAGCGGCCAAGGCCCGCCGUCACCUAUUCAAGUAUGCUUCUGUGCCGUGGAGUACGUCUCCACUGGAAUCCACGCUGCCAGUGAGUCCUGGGGACUCCGAGGAGGAGCUGUCGACCAUGCAGUCGCCCCCGGAGACCGAUGUGACCGCCGCAGCCAGCUCAGCCUCAAGGCUCUCCACAGACGCUGCGGUGCGCAGCGCGCGACUUCCCUACGUGCUGGUGCAGGUGACCGCUAAUCUGAAGAUGCGACGCAUCGUGGCUGCCAAGAAAGUCGUCGAUGCCCUAGGGGACAUUGAGGGGGAGGGGUUUCGUCACCCCGUCACGCGCGAGAGCUUCGCCCCAUUCUCGCUGCGAAUGGUGGCAGCCUUCCUCCCGCUCUACGUCGGGGCGCCGAUGGAGGCGCAGAAGAAGCUGUAUGCGCUGCUGGAGGAGUGCCUCCGGCAUGAGCGGGAGUGUGGCGCAGCCAACAGCGAAGCACGCACCCCCGCUGCUGUCGGCGGUGACGGAGUGGCGCAAUCAGCGGCCUCUGCGGCUCUGCAGCGCACCUGGACACGACGGGUGCUGCGUGUGCAGCGUGCCCUGCUGCAUGUGCACAUUCACAUGAAUCAGCAGUCUUUGGCGCACAGUCUGGCAGAACAGGUGUUGCGCUCCGAGGAGAUUUGGCACCACAUGUUCCAUGACCUUUCCGAUGAGCUCCAUCAGCUUCGCCACGUCCUUCAUCUGCAGCAGCUCUUUUGCCUUGCUCUUCAUAUCGGCGAUGCUUCGCGUGCACAGGCGACACAUGCUGCAAUCCGGAAGAUUGUCGCUGCAAACGGUGCAGACGGCAUCACAGAAGUGGCGUCAUCGAAUGCGGUGUCCAACGCGAACCUCUGCAAACUAGUCGUGCUAUCCUGUGAUGCGUUCAUUGCGGUGUUCAGGGGCGAGUACAGGGAGGCGGUUCGGCUCUUCCGAGACGUGAUUGACGCGGCUGCCCACAUGAAGCAGGCCUUGCGCGCCGCUGCGGGUGACUCCGGGACGGAUGUGUAUUCUUCUCCGGAUUCUGAUGGCCUCAUCAGUGAGGACGCGCUACGCCGUUGGGUGCUUCAGGACAUUUGUGCGAACGCGCAGGUGUCGCACGCAACGUGUCAGGCGUACUGCAGCGACGCCGACCCUACCAACCUGAUGUCUAGCCUGUGCACGACGCUGGAGGGAUACGCCAAGGCGGAGCCGCAGGUGCUUUGCAACUCCGACGCGUUUGUGGAGAGCCUCGUACGGUUCUACACCCUCUCUGGUGAUCGCAAGGCCAAUCUGAACCGGCUCGCGGAUUUGUUGGAGGUGUUUCGUUGUGAUCGCAUGUCUCUUCCGAGCCUCGAGGCGCUUGUGUAG